GUGCAGUCGGAACCCUCGAAUCGGCUUGAUAUACCCACAAGUACCGCCGAACCAGAGUGCCCGUCAGCAUAUGUAAUUGCUUAUCACGCCGGACUGUCCGAAAUCGCGGAGGGAACAUCAAUCAAAAUAAAAAAAAAAAUGCGGCUACUGGCCAGACACGCGAUUCGAUUGUUGGGUCAGGAGAAUCGAAGAGGAGGAGGAGGAGCGGGUGGCGAAUUGACUGCAAUUUGGAGAGGAGGAACCCGGCUGAAGGCCACAACCGGUUACCUGAAGCUGGCCACGGCAAGUGUUCAGCCACUGGAGCCGGAGAAACAGGUGCAGAGAAAGAAUUCUCCACUAACGGAUUCAUUUGGCCGACACCAUACCUAUUUGAGAAUUUCCCUUACCGAACGCUGCAACCUGCGAUGUGACUAUUGCAUGCCCGCUGAGGGAGUUCCCCUCCAACCCAAAGGGAAUCUCCUGACCACUGAGGAGAUCCUCCGUUUGGCUCGCAUUUUCGUGGAGCAGGGAGUGCGCAAGAUCCGCUUGACGGGAGGAGAACCCACUGUGCGGAGAGAUAUAGUGGAAAUAGUGGCACAAAUGAAGGCUCUACCUGAACUGGAGCAAGUCGGCAUAACCACCAAUGGCCUGGUGCUGACCCGACUGCUUCUGCCGCUGCAAAGGGCAGGGUUGGAUUCCCUCAACAUCAGUUUGGACACACUGAAAAGGGAUCGCUUUGAGAAGAUCACCCGGAGAAAGGGAUGGGAGCGAGUGAUAGCUGGCAUCGAUCUUGCCGUUCAGUUGGGCUACCGUCCCAAGGUGAACUGUGUCCUCAUGCGGGACUUCAAUGAGGAUGAAAUCUGCGAUUUCGUGGAGUUUACCAGAGAUCGCCCGGUGGAUGUGAGGUUUAUAGAGUACAUGCCCUUUUCUGGAAACAAGUGGCACACGGAGAGACUUAUUUCCUACAAAGACACCCUGCAAACCAUCCGACAAAGGUGGCCUGAUUUCGAGGCUUUGCCCAAUGGCCCAAAUGACACAUCCAAAGCCUAUGCAGUUCCGGGAUUCAAGGGUCAAGUGGGUUUCAUCACAUCCAUGACGGAACACUUUUGUGGAACCUGCAACCGAUUGCGACUCACUGCGGAUGGCAACAUCAAGGUGUGCUUGUUUGGCAACAAGGAGUUCUCGCUGAGAGACGCCAUGCGAAAUGAGAAUAUAACAGAGGAGCAGUUGGUGGAUCUCAUUGGGGCAGCUGUGCAGCGCAAAAAAAAGCAGCAUGCAGAUGCUGCGCCACGAGUCCAUCAUCAUAGUCAUUAUCAUCUGUAUCACCAAGCACAUCAUCCAUCAGGCCUGCAGCUCCAGGUCCGGAAUUGCAGCCAAUUGACCCACGUCAACGCUCAGGGUAAGGCCCAAAUGGUGGACGUGGGCGCAAAGACUUCGACCACAAGAUUUGCUCGAGCGGAGGCCACUGUAGAGGUGGGUGAGAAGCUCACUCGACUUAUAGCAGCCAAUGAGUUGGCCAAGGGAGAUGUUCUGACCGUGGCCCAAUUGGCUGGCAUCAUGGGAGCCAAGCGCACCUCCGAUCUGAUACCCCUGUGUCACAAUAUCAGCUUGUCAUCCGUGAAAGUGCAGGCCACUCUUCUCAAAAGCGAGCACUCAGUCCGGCUGGAGGCAUCCGUGCGCUGCUCCGGCCAGACCGGAGUCGAGAUGGAGGCCCUAACCGCUGUUUCCGUGGCCGCUUUAACCGUGUACGAUAUGUGCAAGGCUGUUUCCCACGACAUCUGCAUCACCAACGUCCGCCUGUUGAGCAAAUCCGGCGGAAAAAGGGAUUUCCAGCGAGAGGAGGCGGCAAAAGGAGCAAUCCCAGAGGUCGAAUAAAGAGUUCUACUGACUGACUCCAUUAGUUAUACUAAUAUAAUGGCUAAGCCAUUUUUAGGGGAAGGGACAUUCAACUACUGCUUAUUAGAUUCACCUAGGUAUUGUUAAUCUUUUUGGAAGAUUUAAAUAAAAGAAUUUUACAUGA